GGUAUGUUGUAAGCGCGCAAGGAAUAUCAACUGACCCAGAAAAGAUUCGAGCUGUUCAAGAAUUUCCUAAGUAUAUUAAAGAGUCUUCUGUAGAAUCUCUCCGUAUUACUGAUAGUACUAUUGAAUUUCUUGAUAGGCAAGGAAACCAGGUUCCUAUUAAUUUAGCACCAGAAAUUAAUGAUGAUUUGUUAGAAACUC